GUGUAAAGAUGACAGGAACAUAGCCAUGCGCAUCUCUUUCAGGAGCAAGUAGAAAGAAGAACAAAACGGGAUUCCUCGACUGAACUCAUCCACGAUCCAUCCAAAUUCUCCUCCUCAAAAAGAGAACAAAUUUUUGAGUGGCGCCGGCUAGUCUGCCAAUAUAGAGGCCACAGGCCACAGCAACCGAAGCAGCCAUCAUUUCUGCUCCCCAAGUGAGCUCUCCCUCUCCUACCAAAAAGAAAAAGAAAAAAAAAUCCUAAAGGCAGUGAACCACCGGCCACGUCGGCAGCAGCUUCCCCCCAUUCUCCUCGUCGCGCCACCGCCGCCGACGGGGAGGCGCCGCACGAUAUAUACGGUGGCGCAAGCGGCGGUGAGCUAGCUAGGCGGGCGGAGGAGAGGGGGGCGUGGAGGGAUGGCCGGAGGAGGGGGAGGGGGAGGGGGAGGGGUGGGGAAGGUGAAGGCGGGGAGCCGGCCGCCGUGGGUGGGGCUGGCGGCGGCGGUGUGGGUGCAGGUGGCGGCGGGGAGCGCGUACGUGUUCCCGCUCUACUCGCACGCCAUCAAGGAGGCGCUGGGGUACAACCAGAAGGCGCUCACCAUGCUCGGCGUCGCCAACGACGUCGGCGAGAACGUGGGGCUCGUCCCCGGGGUGCUCGCCAACCGCCUCCCGCCGUGGCUCAUCCUCCUUAUCGGCUCCGCCUGCGCCCUGCUCGGGUUCGGCACGCUCUGGCUCGCCGUCACCAAGACCCUCGUCAUGCCGUACUGGGUGUUGUGCAUAGCCUUAUGUAUUGGCACAAACAGCAGCGCAUGGUUGGGCACCGCUGCACUUGUGACCAAUAUGAGGAACUUUCCUCUCAGCCGGGGAACUGUUGCUGGUCUGAUCAAGGGCUAUGUUGCUGUGAGUGCUGCUGUCUACACAGAAACAUUUAAUGGAAUGCUUCAGAACUCUCCCACAAACCUUUUGCUGUUGCUUGCUUUGGGGAUCCCCACCGCAUGUGUUCUGGUGAUGUAUUUUGUUAGGCCUUGCACUCCAUCACUGGAUGAGGACAACGCAGCAGAGCACAGUCAUUUCAUGUUCACACAGAUCUCUAGUGUGGUUCUCGGUGUAUAUCUUAUGGUAGCUACAAUUCUCGGUGAUACUUUAAAACUAAGUGACGCUAUUACCUACCUUUUGUUUGGUAUAAUGAUACUUUUGCUCCUUUCUCCACUGGCAAUACCAAUAAAAAUGACUAUUUAUCCAAACAAACCAAAAAGGGAAAAGACUAGCACCCUUGCACUGUCUUAUUCGACUGAUAGUUUGUCUGGUCCGGAUCAAGAGAAUUCAGAACCACUUCUUGGUGGCACUUCAACAUUUGUCACUGGAGCCAACGAUUCUGAUGAGGCUACUGAUGUGGAUCUUCUUUUGGCCGAGGGUGAGGGAGCCGUGAAUUUGAAAAAGAAAAGAGGGCCUAGAAGGGGGGACGAUUUCACAUUCCGAGAAGCAUUGGUUAAGGCAGACUUUUGGCUACUAUUUAUUGUGUACUUUUGUGGAGUUGGAACUGGUGUCACUGUUCUGAACAACCUAGCUCAGGUUGGGAUGGCUGUUGGUGCUGAUGAUACUACUAUCUUGUUGUGCCUCUUCGGCUUCUGCAACUUUGUUGGCCGUAUCCUUGGUGGGUCUGUCUCUGAAUAUUUCGUAAGGUCAAGAAUGCUUCCUCGCCCUUUCUGGAUGAUGUGCACACAAAUAAUCAUGGUGAUAACCUUCCUCCUUUUCGCAACUGGCCUUCAUAGCUUGAUUUAUGUGUCAACAACAUUUCUGGGCAUAUGUUACGGUGUCCAAUUUGCUGUCAUGAUCCCGACAGUCUCAGAACUUUUUGGGUUGAAGGACUUUGGGUUGAUGUACAACUUCAUGUUGUUAGUGAAUCCCCUAGGUGCAUUCUUCUUCUCAGCUCUUCUCGCUGGUUAUAUCUAUGACAAGGAAGCGGCGAAGCAGCAGCCAGGCGUGUUGGAACCUUCAACCUGCCUUGGGCCUGACUGUUUCAGGCUUACCUUCUACGUUUGUGCCAUCGUUUGUUGCUGUGGAACCCUAGUGAGUGUGGUUUUCAUAGCGAGGAUAAAGCCAGUUUAUCAGAUGCUCUAUGCAAGCGGAUCGUUCAGACAUCCUCGGAGUCAACAACUCCAUUGAUGGCACGCGCAUGAACACAGACUAUUUUGGAGAGAAUUAUCAGCUCGGUGUGUAUAGUUGGCUUUCUUAUCACUUCAUAUCCCAGUGCUGUAUUGUCCUACUGUUGCUUGGUCCGUCCCCGUUGGAUCGGAGAGUUAUUUUGAUUUCAUCUGUACCUGUUCUGUAAAGCUUGUGAUCAGUAGCAGACUAGCAGUUACCAGCAUACAGCCGGCUGUCGAAGGGAUGAAACUUGGGGGCGCGUAUACAUGGUGGGGCCGUUCUUGUGCUUGUACAUCAAGUUUGAGAAUGUUGUACAAUAUCUUCUUCAUCCCACUGACGCUGUUAAUACCAUGAGUGCAAUGAGCCUGGUUAUGUGUCUUCUUUUUUUUUUCCCAUGGAAACUGAUUAUGUGUAUGUGUCUUGUUUUCUAUGGUCUGAACAUCUGAAUUUCAGUA